UUGAACGAAGCACAUGACAGGGGUCGAGUCUAGUCAGUCGAGCUAGAAAAGUCACAGGGAGAGGAUCACCGACGGAGCUGUUUUCCGCGAAAGACACACUGAGAGGACGGUGGAAAGGGAGUCCGUCAUCAGUGCAUCAUCCCUCGCUAUUGUAAGGUGGAAAUUAGAAUAAGGCCGUCGUGUUGUUACGUAUCGUAGAAGUCAACUCUUCUGUCAGAGUGGCGACAGUUUGGCGCUUGUCAGUCGCUGCGUAUACUAUACAUGUACACUAGUGAAGAAACGUACGGGAAUUUUUGUCGUCGGCCAAUCGCGAUUUUUUGUAUCAAUCGUAAUAGUUGCAUUAGUACAAAUCAUCUUACUUGCAAGCAUCGUUCGUCGUCGUCGCCGACGCCGACACCUCCGCAUCACCGUUGAGUGAUCGAUCUUCAGAGAGUCAGACUGGACGUGCGUAUCGCGAAAGACAUCAGAUACGAAAAAGGGGCAAGACACAUGUGUCCGUCUGUUGUUAGAGUUUGUGCGCGAUCCGAGGGCGAGAGCGAGUUGAGACUCGAUUGUUCUAAUUAUUCAAUAACGGAAAGAUCAAUCACGCCUGGAUACUUCAUCAUCAACUAGGACAUCAUUAACAGAAGAGAGCCACCGAAUAACACGUUACGUGAAGUGACGCGACCGACCGACUGAUCAAUCAAUCAACGGCUCGUUGCUUAUAUAUUUUGAGCUUUUCGUUUCGCUGUGCGAGGCGGCCCAUCGUGCGUGAAUGUGAAUCUACCGUUUACUAUUUUGUUGUAUAUGUUUUUGUGCGCGGAUACUGAAUUUCUGUUGUGGUGCCAACCGACAGCUGGAACUGAGAUCGACGAACACUCCAGAGGAGAUCUCUCUUGGCUGCAGCGUUACGAGGGCGUGCUAUUCACGCACCUAUUUCCUGAUUUAUGCGAACUGUGAAGCGAAUACGGUUUUGUUAUAGAAACUUGGAGAAUAGCUGGGCUGUGUCGUUAUGGACGUGGAUUGGAACCGAGUUCCGCCUAUGGGCGAAGGACUGAUCGCUCAUCUUGCCCAUCUGCCAAUGCAGGAUGAACCAAUGGACCUGCAGAGCCCUCGUAAUCGGCAGGCACCUGUCAGUCUGGGAGGACAGACUCCUAAGCGAGUGGGCAUACCACCUCGUGUUUCAUCAACCCCUACAGUAAAUACUGCCCUUCUUGAACAGAGCAACCCAAAUCAUCAAAGUUACUCGUCACCUCAACAGCAGUCCCAGCACCAAGAUUCUUCAGUUCAGAACCCUCAAGCGAUUGGGUACUCGCCUAAGGCACCUGUAAAGAUGUCGCCUCGCUUCAUGAAGAAGCCGCCACCUCUAAAAUUUGUUCCGUUCGCCGAAGAAGAUGAAGACUUGCGUGACAAGAUCGACCCAGAUUCAAGUCAACAAAACGGAGCAGCAGGGAUGGAAACAAAUAUUACGUUGUGGCAGUUUCUACUUGAGCUGCUAGUUUCCAAUCAGCAUCGACAUAUCAUCUCGUGGACGAAUAAUGAGGGUGAAUUUAAGCUUAUCAAUGCCGAAGAGGUUGCACGACUAUGGGGUUUACGCAAGAACAAACACAAUAUGAAUUAUGACAAGCUUUCCCGCGCGCUCAGGUACUACUACGACAAGAACAUUAUCAAGAAGGUGUUAGGCCAGAAGUUUGUCUACCGGUUCGUCACGUUCCCCGAAGUUGUGAAGACGGAAAACAAGAUCCCGUUCCAUGUGAAGAUGGAGUCAAUUUCGUCGCAGCCCUCACCCCCGUAUAGUUCUGAGUCGUACUCGCCCGGUGGGUACUCACCGCAGCGGAUCGCGUCAUACAGUUACCCAGCCGUGCCUCAGCCAUCAAGUCCUCGCCAGGCUGAGGUCCGACAGGCGGCGAUGCAGGCGGCGAUGAACUACCAGCAUGCCAUCAAACUGGGUGAAUAUGAACACCAGAUAAAGAUGGCAGCCGCUUACCAGCAGCAGCUCGAGCAACAGCAACAGCAGCAGCAGCAGCAGCAUCACCAGCAACAGCAACAGCAGCAGGUGGAACUUCAGCUGCAAAGGCGAGCGAAUGAAGACCAGACAAGUCCACCGCCUCCACCUCAGGUGGCUCCCCAGAUGCCUCCUCAGAUCAAGAGCGAACCAGCUAGCGCCGACGACGCUGAAGAUCUAAGUGUCCGACCUCGUGACCGAACAGGUUCGGAUAGCUCUGUUCAUACAGGUAAAGCGGGCGGGAUUUCGGAGCACGGCGCCUGGAAUCUCAGCGCUCGAAAGCGCUCAGUCGAUGAGGGACGCAAACCUGAUGAGGUCAGCUCCAGUCAGUCACAGUCAUCCGGCCUUCAACCAACCUCUCCGCUACCCAUCCACAAAAAAAUCAAACAGGCCAUGAUUGCGCAGAUGCAGGCUGCCUCGCAGAACGAGUCGGAUACGGACAGCUGUUCCAGUCCGAAAUCUUCUAGCUCUUCAACGGUACCCUCUGUAUCCGUGAUCAAGUGCAAACCAAAACCACCUCCUAUUCCGGUACCCCCAUCGCCACUGAACGCGAAGAUGCCUUCGCUGCAGACACCCAUAAUGACUUUCACCAGCCCGUUCUUGCCGAAUCAGCAGACGGUCCCAAAGGCACCAACCUCGCAGACACAGCCUGCUCUCGUGCCAACCUUUUAUCCCAUGUCACCGGGGUUGCCGUUCCCUUCACCCAGAUACUCCUCAAGCAGCUCAUCGCCAACACAUUUUCAAUUUCCUGCUAGUGGACUGCCGUUUGCCGGCUUCCCCCCGCUAAGUCCCUUCCCAAACCCUCCAUAUUCGCCUUUUGAGCUGCCGGCAGUGAUCUUCUCGCCGACGAAAUCCAUACCAGUACUACAGUAACUUUGUAGACAGAGGCGAACAUGGAUUGUCAAUGAAACGUUUACAAACAUAAAUAGUUUUGUAUAUAAGUUGUCAUAGAGUAACGGCAAAGGACAAAGAAUAAUAGGGAGUACGAUUACCUAAUACUCUGAAAUUAUUCGCUUAUAAGUAGGGACAAUACAUAUAUACCUGAAUAUCACAGCCGUAGCAAACGAAACGAAAAAAAAAAACAACGACCUCAUUAUAUAUAUAAUGGGAAAGAAAGCCACAGUGAAAAUCAUAGAUACAGGGGAGCAAGGACUAUUUUUGAGGAAGGAUCACUCUUCGACGCUGUGUCUAUUCUCUCUAACUGUAGCCUUGCGAGGCUGAUCUCAAAAUUCGUCCAUUUCUUUCGUUGUCUGUUUGAUCGUAAUAUUUCGUGUCUCUUUUGCUCGUUUGUUACGUACGUACGCGUUUAGUUGAUUUUUCUCGACCCGUUGUAUUCUACCCGUCUCUUGUCAACUAAAAACCUGCGGACCCAUAACAAGAGAACCCUAUUCGCAGCCAACCUCGCUCCCCCAAUAAAUGCAUGAAUCAAUAAAUUGCUUCUUCCAAAGUCGUAUUUAGCACGAGUGCACUAGUUUGUGUGGAAACAAAGAGAUCUAAUGCCCUACACGCGACCUGUGAUGGCUUCGCUGCAACGCUGGCAUACAGAGCCCAUGCGGCGUAGCAGAGCGUUUCUUCAUUGAUGCAGUUGAGCGGGACUAGCAACUGUCGUAUGCAGGCCUCGUAGGCCUCCGUCUUACACGAUAUCUAUCCAAAUAUACAUAACAACAUGCGUAGAGUGCGACAGAUAGACGAAUGUCGAAUAGCUAACUCUUCAGCGGUCCCGCUUUGUCUGCAUUGUGAGGGGAAAGGACGCGAUUUCGCGUUUUAAUUCUACCCAGUCAAUCAAUUUGGUGUUACUUGAAUAGGGAAUAGUAGCGCUUCUGAUAAUCGGAGUGAUACAGAUAUUGCAAAUGGUGAUCAUGGUGACGAUACAGAAUCUCGGUAGCGGCAAGCCGCAUGAAGUAACGGCCUUUACUAACGGGAAGGACUCAGCAGCUGUCUGAUGCGCUGUAGGCGUGCGAAACGCGAAAUAAGCUUCGCGUGUAUAUGCUAAUUAGAGUAGGUCAUAUAUGAUUGAGCCUUAACACAGCAGGUCGCGCAGUCAUUCAGAAAACUAGCCCUGAAUGUUAACGAUAACCAUAAAAGAAGCGAAUGUAGUGGAUAUAUAGAAAAUGGAUAACCCAAAAAACUAACUGAAUUGCUAUCAUCGUUGUGAACAAGCGUUGCGAAUCAUAGAACCUUUGUUACACGUACACAUACAUGUAUAUAGGAAAUGUACAUAUAUAAAUACAUAUAUAUAUAUAUAUAAAAAAUUUCAUAUACACAUAGAUAUAGAUACAUUUAUAUAUAGAGAAAGAUGACGAGCAUAGACGAGACCAGGAAGCGCUAGGUAAGACCGAGCGCAGCUCCCCUGGAAAAGAAGAAGUUCUCCAGGGGAGGGACAGGUCACUGAUAGAAGGAUAAAAAUGCGACAUCCCGUGUUGCGACAUCGUCGUCUUUGUUUGUUUAAUGUCUGAAUCAUGUCGCAUCAGACAUAUGUCAUAUAUUCGUUCACCGUUCGAUUGUAGACUAGCCACACACGCAACAUAAAAAAUAGACGAUCAAUAACACGGAAGCAUUUUUGAAACUGGGCAGACAUUGCGAAUCAACCGUCACAACUACACACAUAUGUAAUACAAUUAUAUUCUUUUAGACGUCACAUCAACCCUAUAAUCCUUUUUUUCUAUCACCGUAAUCCGCUUUGCGUACAGUAUACACAGAGACCCCAAAUGCAUCCAACCCAUCGUCGUUCAGGCGAGUAACCCCCGGCAAACGCUACAAAUGUUACAGUUGUUUGUUCUCACUAUUGCGAAGGUGGAGAAAACAGGAGGUAAAAGAACUGAAUGAAAUAUAUAUAUAUUCAACACUUAAUUAUAUAUAUAGUUAAGUGUUUAUACAGGGCGGUCUUGAAAGCUGUGACGUUAUGAAGAGGAACAGAGGCUACAUGCUGCGCGCCGACAUUGGCUACUAACGAUGACAAUGGAACAAGACUUUUACCAUUUUUCGUUGAGACUUUGUUGGAUUAGCAAAAAUAGCGGACUUCGAUGGAUCGGCCUAGGUGGAUCUAUAUCAAUUUGAGCGUUGAUGUUAAAGAACGAAACCUUAAAUAAAAACCUAGUAGAUUCACUGCCGAUAGUUUCAACGAUUAUACUCCCUUUGCGCUCGGUUUAUAACGCACUGUCCAGUCUAGAUAAAAUACGGGGACGCUGCGCACCGUGCGGCAACUAUUUCACGGUUUUCUCUCUACGAUAGAUCAGUUAUGUAGGAGCACGACGAUGGCCAGUGUAUUUUAAUAAAUUGACGUUGAUAAGUUGUUCUGUACAGUUCUGUACCUCAUGAUAUAAUUAAACCGGUCAGACCAAUGGGAAACUACCGAUGUUUAUAAGCAAUGAGUAUAAAUAAAUUUUAUAUGAAUAUAAAUCUCCAUAUAUAUAUAUAUAUAUAUAUAUAUAUAUAUAUAUUAGCUAUAAGAGAGAGCGAGAGUGAAUAUAUGAGGAAAUAUGUUGAAGUGUAUUGAAAUCAGAGGAAAUCAUCUGAGAAACGAGUGUAUGUCAAAUAAAAAUAUUUUUUUCCAAUGUUUUAAACGAGUUGUCUUCUACGGGCUCUAGGUUAAUGUUAGUGUUUCUGGCACUUGUGAGGUAACGCUUCAUCGCCGUUUAAUUCUGAAAUAAAUACUCGUUUAUAUCUUUUACGCUUACGCUUUUGCACAGAAAAUCACCGAAAUUUAAAUACAAAAAUCUUCUUUGAACGACGGCGGAGCGCCACUUCUCGGACGUUUAUAUAUAUAUAAGAAAAGGUUGGGUUAUAUGGACCAAAAUUUGCUUAACCGUACGAUCGAAAACAACUGCAAGCUAUAUGAACGAUUGAUGAUUUCGUGCGAAGAUGUUAGCCAUUUAGGGAAGACAAGGAGAAAUACGUUUCUAUCUGACGAGGCUGUGAUUAUCACUAGCGAACACAAUGCUUUAUAAGUAUUCAAUAUCUAGUUCGAUAGAACUUAUAAUUUUGCUACCAUAGACCCAUAUGAAUUUUUGUUGUGCACUCGAAAGCUGUUUUGGGAAUGACCCACGUACAGGCACGUCCACCGUAACGAUAAAUUCACUAAAAACCUUUUCAAAAGUAACCACGUGUGAUAUAUCGCUGACUCCAACGACAUAUGGUGCAAAGCAUGCGAUACUUUAUUAUAACUGGACAUAUACACAUAUACGAGUGGCCCAUAUUGCCCCAUCUCACCCUUGCCCGUCUAAUGUUUAGUAAUAAACUUUAAAAUAACCACUUUUAUAAAACGUAACUUGCUUUCUGUUUGUUUCUUACAAUGUAACUUUAUGUAAAAAAGU